GACUGUGAGUGACAUUUGUGUUGCGUUUUCAGGUUGAGUUAUUUUUGUACAAAAACAGAACCUGAUUUUUAUUUGAUUACAAGCAACUUGAAAAGUGACAGCAGCAGGUCAGAUUUCCUGAUUUCGGUGUCGUUGCUUAAUACCGGUAAACGUUGAUUUCAGUAAUCUGGUGAUGUAAUCGUUGUAGUAAACCCCACUUCUGCUCUGGUCAUUUUCUGGGUAGUCAAAAUUCUCUGCCAAGUUCACGCAGUUGAAUCUAACUGGCGUUGAAAUCACUUGCCGUUUCUUGUCUUGCGAUCGCACACUGCACAGGCGCAGGCCACAGCCACAUUGCACAGAGAGGGAAAUCCCCGAAGACGAAAUAUAGCUUUGUAUAGAACUAAUUUCAGAGCUACAUAGAAAGAUUCACACUAAUUGAUAAUGAUGGCAAAGGAUCAAGAUCCCUCGGCCACUGAGUUUUGCAGCAACUGCAAACGGGACAUUCCGUCGGUGAACUACCUCAUGCAUCAGAACCACUGCAGCCGUAACAUCGUGCUAUGCAGUAAAUGCGAGGAGCCGGUUCCCCGCACGGAGAUGGACCAACACAAUGAAGAGAAUCACGUCAAGGUGACUUGCAAAUGUGGAGAGGCUGUCGAGAAGUGCCAACAAGAAGAACAUGACGCUGAGCACUGCCCGCAGCGCCAAGUCACAUGCGAAUACUGCGAGAUGGGAAUGGACUUCAAAAACCACGCCGAGCACAAGGAUUUCUGCGGCAGCCGGACUGAGCCCUGCCCCAAAUGCAGCCGCUACAUCUACUUCCGCGACAAGGUCCGCCACGAGGCCACAGACUGCAAGUACCCAGAAGUCAAGCCUGUCAAGCCGAACCCCUUCCAGUCCACCGCUGCCGUUAGGGACCCAUACCUCCAGAACGACCUCUUGUUUCGGUCGGCAAAGUCCAACCGGUUGCCGUCGGGCUUGCUAGGGCAGUUCACUGGUCCCCCGUUACUGAGACCGGGGACGAAGGGUUAUCCGAGCGGCCUUGGGGCCGGGGAGGGCAGGAGGGGCUUGUUUGAUGGGGGAUUCGGAGACAGGAAACAACGGAAGAACCAAGACAGGGUCCAGAACGUGAUGACAAGGAACCCAGCCAGAGGAAGAGAGAAAAACGAGGAGAGAGCCCUACUUCAGUCGGCUACCAGCCAGGAAGAACUAGACCAUCGCCUGGCCCAGCACCUGGCCCAAGACCUACCCGAUGACUCUUGGUAUGAUUCUGAUGACCUCUCCGAAGAUGUGGCUCACCCAAGCAGUGGGCCCCCUCCUGCUUACGAUGAGUUCCAGGACGAUAUUGCCAUCCAGGAAUUAAUCAAAGACUCCUACAGCAUUCCAGCCAUCAACACCUUCCAAGAACAGGGCACAGCAUUGGGUGACUUAACAUUACCGUGUGAAUUCUGCCAGCGACCCAUUCCAGCUGAGACACUUAUACAGCAUCAGUCUGGUUGCCGUCCUGACCUUGCAUGCCAUCCAAAGGAGGAGACAGCUCAAACCAACAACAGCAGGCCAAGAGGUCCCAGCCACCCACAGCCACCAUCUGAAGUACUGAAUAAUUUCAACUAUGGUUCAACAUUUCCAGGGUACAGUUCUCUGGACCGGUCAGACAGCCCUCAUAACUAUGACGAAGACAAUCUCCUGAUGCUACCCUGCGAAUUCUGUGAGAUACUUCUCCCAGCAGAUGCCCUGCCAAUGCAUCAGGUCAACUGUAGUGAGAACCGCACCGUGACCCCAGCACCCACGACCUUUGACCCCAGCCCAGGGUCGUACCCCACCAGAAGGGGCGGGUCAAACGAGAGUCCCAUCAGACCCAAACCGCACAGGGUUCAACGACCUCAAGACUUCCCUGUCAGACCGAGGAAGCAUCAGGACGAACAGGCUUUUGCUGAUCCCAGCAUUGACGAUGAUGACAUUGAUGUUGACGCGAUACCAGCUCCAGUGCCCAAGCCCAGAAACCCGCCCCAGCCCAAGUCUCGCCACCCCAGGAACACCGUCCCCCUGGCGCCUCAAUUCCCAUCGGACGCCAGCCAACAGGGAACCGGCCAACAGCCCUCGUUUGCCCGGUCGACAUCAGAGAAGUACCUACACGGCACCAGCAGGAACCCCAGGCCGACUGCCACUGUCUCCAGCAUGCCAAGCGGGGGCGCUGUUCGUGAAACGAAGAUCAAAAACACAGCUGCUUCAGGUCAGAGCAGGUACCGCGAAGAGCGUCCUCAGAGCAAGAGCAGCGCCAGGGUGCAGGAGACGUUGCAGGGGCUCCAAGAUGCACCUCCUGACGACUACAGCGAGGAGGGACUGAAGAAGCUACUGGGAACCAAACUGUUGACCGGGCCGGAUGGGGAGACGUACGCGUACACGCAAGUCAAGUACAAUCCUUUUAGUAAGCCAAAGACGACCAAUUUCCCUCAACCAUCAGGAUUGGAAAUGGACGACCAUCCCUCUGCCCUCCUGCCACAAUUCAACCCAGCCGUGGCCCAGGACAGACCCCCACCGCACCAACACCAAAGCUCUGGUGCCAGGCAGAAGGUCCGACAUGAUCGCCAUCAACACAAAGACGGCAACAGGGGGAACGGUGGGGCUUACCAUCCCAGCUUCCCCAACGCGGCCAAUCCACGCAAGGGCGGGGACUCAGAAAGGAGGGGCAACAGCGGUGGAACACGGAGACCAAAGCAACCAUCAGCAUCUACCACCGUGACCCUUGACCCUGAUGGCCUGGUUUCUCCUCUGCGGGUCAAGGAGGAACCCAAUACACAUAGGACGUCCAAUCAGAAACAGGGGCAGAGGAGGCGAACACCAGCGCAGAGAAACACCAGAUUACGUGAAGAUCCUGUGCUAUGAGGAGGACUGUUGGUAGACAUGUAAACAGGACCAAAAGUGUGUCAUAAAAUGUAGAAUAUUUUAAUUCCAGAUUUCCCAAAAAGGGCCAAGAGCAUAUACCUGGGCCCAAUUUCAUGGCGCUGCUUAACGGUUAGCAGAAAAGUUGUGCUUACUAUAGCAAAAAAUUGUGCUAAGAGUACUAUUUCAUAGCGUGGAUGUGCGCGCCUGGAGAUUUCUAUCUACACUUGUGUUCUCAGCUGAUUCUGUUUCAGCUGAGCUAGAAAAAUCUCUGAGCAAUGUUUUUACCCAGACUUGGAGCUGGACACUACUACCAACUGACCCACUUUCUAUUAGUCUGAAAUUCAAGUGUGUCUGAAAUUAUCUGUGCUAAAUUGCAAGUUAAAAGGUCUAAACCAUUUCGUCUAUAAUGCCACGCAACAUCAACUGUCUCAGUUUUCACCACCAUAUGGGCUCCGUGCGCCAACAAAGAGGGCGCUUUUUUACCACUUUUGAGAGCCCUGUGGACGGAACACACCGCGUGUGCGUCCUGGCUCGUGAAGUACACACGACUGAUUAUACUCUGAAUGUGCGCAAAGCCAUAGCGUCUUAGUGACAGCGUUAGGUGUCUCGGCGAUGCGUUUGAUUGUCUCUCCUGAUGGGCUCCCCCAACUCCCCCUUUCUUGCCGGUGAGGGGGUACUUCUGUACGGAGCCCAUAAUGUCCUCCAUUGACAUUGUGGGGAUCUGAGUGGUUUAAAAAAAGAAUUCCUAAUUCUGCUCUUUCCAAUGUAAAUUUAACUCCGUGACUACUUUUAUGUAAAAUUAAUUGCCUGGAUUAGAAAGAAUAAAACCAUGCGCAGCAACACGUUGCAAUGAUUGUCAGCCCAUUUUCUCCGGCAGGCGCCAAUUUCAGGGUUCCCACAGCAAUGGGAAAAUCCCGGAAAAUCCUGGAACUUAAAGCAAUCAUGGAAAAGUUAUGGGUUUUCAUUUU